AUGCUUCAAGUUCAAGGCUGCUACGGGUUGCAGUAUACAAAAAAAGAUGGUGCUGGAGUUUUAAGCUCAGGUUCGGGACUCAAGACUCCUGAAAAAAAUCCACAAGCUGCUGCUAACAAGCAUGCCCUUGCGGAGCGUUAUCGUAGGAAAAGAAUCAACAACCACCUUAAUACUCUCCGCAAACUCUUCCCCAAUCUCCCUAAAAGUGAUAAACCAAGGGUGCUUAUGGAAACGGUUCGAUAUCUAAAGGAGCUGAGGAAGAAGGUGGCUGACCAUGUUGAAAUGAACAAGGAUGGCCAAGAAGAGUGCUGCAUUGGUGGCAAAAGGAGUUGUUCAUUGUUUUUACCCGGUGAGAAAGAUGAGGUGAGUGUGAGUUACUACUCUGACGGUGAAGGAGGAGAUCAUGGCGUUGAUCAAGGAGAACUGUUGAUGGUGAAAGCCACGAUAUGCUGUGAGGACAGGCCGAGGUUAAAUGCAGAUUUGAUGGAAGCGGUUAAGUCUGUUGAAGGGAGGGUGGUCAAGGCUGAGAUGGGUACCAUUGGAGGACGGACCAAGGCUGUCUUGGUGGUGCAAUGGUGCCAGCAAAGCCUUCAUUGUGGUGGUGGUGGUGGUGAGGAGGAGGAGGAGGAGGUUGGGUCGCUGAGGAAGGCGUUGAGGGCGGUGGUGGAAAACAGGGCCUUGACUCCUUCGUUGUUGUUGGGCCCCGAGCUGCUUAUUUCCAGUUGGACCGAUAGAUUCGGGCCUUGA